AUGGAGCCGAAUGAACCCAUCAACGCCAAGUUUUACCAGCCUGGGAACGGCGGGAGUCUGAUCUUUGAGCACGACCUCAACACCGUCUCGGACUUUCUUGGACGCCCACACCCCGAGUUCCACGGGAUCCAGGUGGACGACCAGGAUCUGGACAACGCCCGUGCUUACGCCAACCAUACUCACCUUGCAUUGGCAACUCAUGCCGAUGCCAUCAAGAUGCUUGCCCAGGACAGCAAGAAGGGUCUCAUCCUGAUCUCGCAAAGGAUCAGCAAUAGCUGUGUGUACUCGAGGACUCUUAGGGAAAGAAAAGCACUUUUCUCUCUCAGCAAUCCACCGGACCAGAAACUCAAUUCCGCACUGCUGCUGAGUCGUCGGACUUAUCCACCUAGGGAUUCGUGGAAUUUCCGUUUUUGAAUUCGCCCUUUUUUUGCGGGUACUAAGAGUCCUCUCACUACCAACCAGCAGACAUCAUCAUCUGGCUGGGUCUUGCCGGGGAGAUCAAAACAAGAACUCACGCCUAGACGACGACGCCCGUCCUGGGCUGCAGUAAGUAGAUCGAGAGGUCGUUCCGCCCCUUGUCCCCGAAGAUGGGUAAUAUGUUCUCAUACAAUGUUGCUCCAACUUUUUUUCGAGGGCCUAGCUGGCGAGCGAUCCCAGUCCGCGGCAGAGAACAAGACAGCAAGCGAGCGUACCUUUGUUCGCUUCUUUUCCACCAAGCACAGAAGUUUAAGGAGAACUGUAGGUCGGUGGCUACCUAAGGAAACUCCGAUUCGAUCCGCCCCCCGGCUUGGAGGCAUCUACCUCAUCCCGAUCACAAGGAGAGGUUCACCAUGA